AUGGCCGGCGGACCAUUGAGGAAGCCCUUCAGCGGGCUGUGGCUGGUAGCAGGCGGGGGCCUGCGGAAUACCGCCCGGUUCUGCUGGAGGGCUGAGGGGGAGGUGGGCACCUUCCCCGACCGGCUGGCCUUCAUCCGGGAGGUGGCCUUCAAAGCACUGGGCCUUCGUAUUCUUUGCGUACAGCGGUAUGGCCCCUUCCGCUUCUUCGAGGUCACCUUGUCCACCGACGAGAGUUACACCAAGGUCCUGGAGCGGAGCAAGGAGGGGGCCCAGCACCCUCUCCUCGGACGUUACAACAUCGAGCCGCUGUGGUGGCCCGACAAGCAGCCUCCCUUCUGCCGGCAGUGCCACAGCUUUGGACACACCCUGGAGGGAUGCGCCAACCUGCGCUGCCGCAACUGCCUGGAGUCGGGGCACAUGGCCAGGGACUGCAAGGGCCCCCGUCGCUGCAAACACUGUAACGGCGAGGACCAUCUGGCUCGUUCCUGCCCACAGAAAAAGACUACAUAUGCCGACGCUCUGUCGGGUAACAGAGCAGUCGGCACGGAGAAUGGUGGGGGAGCUCUAGCCCCCACGACUGGGCAGGAACAGCCGGCGACGGGGGCAGGAGGAGAAGCCCUGGUCGAGGUGGAGGAGGCCCCUUCGAGUGCGACACCAAUGCAGGAGGGGUCUCCGAACAAGGUGGAGCAGCUCGCCCUGGCUCCAGGCGUCAGCAAGCAGAAGGGCGGCGCAACCCGACGCACCCAGCCCUAG